AGGUUAGAGGACAUGAAGGAGGAAGGUGGGGUUUAGGUUUUUGAAGGCGAUCGAUUGGGGCAGGCGAAACCGGGGCGGCGCCGGCGAGAUUGAUCGGGUGGCGUGGAUAGAUGGAAGGCUUGCGAGUGGCAGAGGCGGACCUGGUAGUGUACGUUCACCCUUCGAAAUCCAACCAAGUCCGCCGCGCCGUCCUUCGCCAGCUCAGUUCUCUUCUCUUCACGCAUGAUGAGAUAUUUGAAGGUGUAGUUUUGGCAUAUGAAGUCAAUAUCCCCAGCAAACGUGCAAAGGUCAUAUCAGGACUAAUUCCGUACAUAGGAGUUAAAAUAAAAGCAAAUUUGUUGCUUUUUUCUCCUAAGCCGAGCAUGUUAUUAGGAGGCAAAGUUGUCAAGCUGGGGAAGGAAUCAAUUCAUGUUGUUGUGCUUGGAUUUUCUUCAGCAGCUAUCAUGUUAGAAGACAUCCGUGAAGAAUUUAAGUAUAAGAUUAAACAUGGUGAAGUUGUUUUUGCUAGUUCCUCUCACAAACGCCAUGUUAUCAAAGCUGGAAGUAUGAUACGUUUUCAAGUUAAAAGUCUUGAUGAGGAAAUACUUCACAUAUCGGGAUCAUUGCUUCCAUCGAACACUGGAUGCAUCCAAUGGUUAUCAAAACAUGGCACAGAAGAUGGAUCAUAUGCAGACAGAAGUUUGAAAACGAGCGAUAUUCAAAGGGAGAUGCAGGAAGAAGGUCCGUUAAACACCACAACAGGAGACAAGUCACCGAAUAAAACACACAAACACAAGUCUAAGAAAAGGACUCGUGGGGAUAGAUGAUUCUGAGGUCUCUAGAAGCUCAAAGAUGAAAGUCUUCCUACUUCAGAAACAGGUGCAAAGCAGUAAAUAUAUGCUUCCUGUACUUGUGCUGUUCCAGAUUGUCAAAAACAUGCUUUUGGAAGCAUUAUUUAUUAGCAUUUGUAGGAAUUAUCAGGAUGAAAUAGCUAUAUUGAUGUUUCUGAAAUGUAAUUUUUACAUUCCCAAAUUAUUAACAAGUUGAUCAAUAUUUUAUGAAAGAUCUUGACUCGUCCAUUUAGACAUUAGAAA